AUGAAAUUAUACGUUGGCAUUGUGAUGGCCCUUCUGGCCUUGUCUGCUCCAGCUAAUGCACUGCUUGGCGCCAAAUUGGCUCUGCUUAAGGCUCUGAGUGGAGGCGGCGUCGGCGGCGGCUUGGGCGGUGGUUCAAGCUAUGGUGGUUCCGGUUACGGAAGUGGUGGCUACUCUGGUGGCUACAGCCAAGGUUAUUACUCCCAGCCCAGUCGUCCAGUUUACAGCAGUGGCUCCAGCUCCGGCUCCAGUUAUAGCGGAAGCUACGGCGGCAGCUAUGGCGGCAACGGCGGCUACAGCUACCCCAGCGGCGGUGAGCAAGUGGUGAAGAUCAUCAAGGUCAUCGAACAGCCAUCCUCGGGCGGAUAUAGCGGCGGUUCCGGCUUUGGUUAUUCCAGCAGUGCCAGUUCCAGUGCCAGCGCUUCUAGCUCAUACUCUGCCCCAGCUGCAGCACCAGUCUCCUAUGGAGCAUCACCUUACUCGGCCCCAGCCCCAGUUACCUAUGGAGCAUCACCUUACUCCGCUCCAGCUCCCGCACCUGUUGUCUACUCUGCUCCAGCUCCCGCACCAGUUACUUAUUCCGCGCCAGCUCCCGCACCAGUUACCUAUUCCGCUCCUGCUCCCGCACCUGUUGUCUACUCUGCCCCAGCUCCCGCACCUGUUGUCUAUUCUGCCCCAGCUCCAGCUCCAGUUGUGCGUGUUCAACCAGCACCAGUUGCUCCAGUGACCUACACUGUACCGGCUCCUGCUCCUGUCGUCCGCGUUCAACCUGCUCCAGUUGCAGUGUCCUAUCCUGCACCUGCUCCUGCUCCAGUUGCGCGUUAUGUGCAACCCAUUCCGGCUCCAGCUCCAGUUGCAGUUCCAGCUCCUGCUCCAAUUUCUGUUAUUCCUGCACCAGCUCCCCAAUCGCAGCAAUAUGUUAAGACAAUCAAAUUGAUUGUCGAUGAGGGAGAUAGCAGUGAGAACCGUGUGCCAGCUCCUGUCUAUGGGCCACCAGCUGCUCCAGUGUCCUAUUCCAGUGCCUCCUCUUCGGCCUCGGCUUCCUCCUCAAUUGGCUCCAGCAGUGGCUGGAAUAAUGGCUAUAAUGGAGGCUACAAUGCCGGUUACAAUGGCGGCUACAAUGGCGGUUACAACGGUGGCUACAAUGGUGGCUACAAUGCCGGCAGCGGCUGGAAGAGCGGCGGCAUUUGGGAAAAGUUGGCCUCCGGCUGCUAA